AUGUCGAAAGAUAUGAACAACCAGUUUGAAAGCAAUGAGUUUCCUCCAUCAUCAUCAUCGUCGUUGUUCCUGAAAGGACUCGAGAUAUACAAGAAGGGACAAUGGACCAAUAUUUCAAGGUAUGUGGUGAAAACCAGGACUCCAGCACAAGUUUCCAGCCAUGCACAGCAUUACUACAAACAUUUGGCCGCACCCAAUAAAGGCAAAAGAAAAAGUUUUUACGACGCAAAAACAUCAGACAACGAGGAUGUCUUUCUUUCUCAUGAUCAAGUUCAUAUGCAAAAUGACGAUGUCAAUGUUUCAGAUUACCAAGUUGAUGUGCAAAAUGAUCAAGUUCAUAUGCAAAAGGACGAUGUCUAUGUUCCAGAUUACCCAGUUAAUGUGCAAAAUGACGAUGUCUGUAUUCCAGAUUACCAAGUUGACCAAGCUAUUUUUGCAGAUCUCGACAUCUUAGAAGAUUUGACAGGAUAUAUCUAA